AAUAAUCAUGACCCCAGCACUGUCGAGCGAGGACAUUGUAGAAUUACGAUCGAACUUCACUUAGGUAAGUUCGUUUGAUCGACUAAUUGUGUGCAUACUGUUCUACAGUGUAUAGUGUACGUGCACGUGAAAUGCUGUUUAUACAAUUUUAUUAUUAUUAUUAUACUAUAUACAAUAUUAUACAAUAAAUAAAAAACUACAAGAGCGAUUUGUUGAUUUUACUUAUUCAUGGUUCUAUCAUUUCUAAAUUAAUAAACUUGUAUUAAUUUUGGCGCGUUUCGAGUUUUAAAAUAUAUUUUAUAAUUUUAUUUACAAAGCUACAUUCAGUAAUGUGUUUAAUCUGAUAAGUUCUAUUUAUUCAGUAUGUUUGUAUCGUUCAAAUAUUUUCAGUGCUGUUUACAUCCCAAAUACUAAUCCAGUCUCAUCAUCGACAAUUGAAAAAAUGGAAUCAUCACGUAACCAUAAGAAGUAUGCACCUUCUAAAAAGCCGAAGCAAGUUAAAGUAGACAAUUGGGGCACUUUCUUUCUGCAACGAUUAUUACAGUUAUAUUUCAAUGAAGAGUUGUUGGAUUUUAAUAUCAAAUUUCACUCAAAUGAUAAUACACUAAAAGUACAUAAAUUAGUGAUCACGACCUGUACAGAUUAUUUUCUUCAACUAGAACGCGAACAGAUUGGAUUUGAUUCUACUAAAAAAAAUAUGAUUAUUAUGCCACCAGAUAUGCCUUACGAAUGCGUCAAAUCAAUCAUAAGGAAUAGAUUUUCAUGCUGUAUGCCCUCAUUGCAAAAAGUAUAUAAAACAGUUUCAUCGUGAUGAUCCCGAAGUUACACGCACUUCCUGCGAUGAAAGAAUUUCAUUAAAAAGUUCAACUUACGUAGAUUACUUUGCUAUUUUUAAUAUUGAUAACGAAAUCGCUUUGUUGGUGAAAAAAACUCUGAACACUUCAAUUCUGUGCUUGAAAAAAGAUAUACAAUCUAUUAAGAUGUUGAAGAUUUUACCGAUGGAAUUGCAUACAAAAAGUUUAUACAGUCGAUACCAUUGCAUGAAAGAAAUAACAUUAUAAAUGCAACAUUUAAUAUUCUGACUUGUGGUAUAUGGUUUGGAAAAGACAUACCUGAUAUGGAUUUUUUUUUUGAAACCUUACGUUUCUUAUAUGAACAAACUGGACAGUGUAAGUGUUAAGUACAACAUUAAUGGAGAAGAACGACGAAUUAAAGUCUGUGUAUUAUGUUGUUGUGUUGAAUCAGUAGCUAGAUCUCCGAUGCAAGGCUUUCUGCAAUAUAAUGGCUACUUCGGAGUAUGUAUCUGGUGUUUACACCUAGGUGUAUACGUUCGCAUGUUAAGUUUUAUGUAUACUGGACAGUUGGAGUAUUGGACAUCAGAACAAAAUGCUUUGUACUACACAGCCCAAAAAAUGAAAAUGUCAGUUCUUACAAAAUUAUUGGAUGCUCAAUCAGAUAUCAAUAUUUCUAAACAAAAAGCUGAUGACUUAACUUUGGAACAAGCUAUUUAUGUUACAUCUAAAGAGCAAACAUAUAUUAAUAAUGAAUUGCCAUUACGAAAUACACCGAACAUAGAAGAAAAAAAAUUUGCCAAAAGAAAAAUAAUUGAAAAUAUAGAUUUCACUACUUCAAAUAAUAAUUUUGAACUUCAUAGUAUUAAUGAUGGACGUAAAGAUUUAUUGCAAAACACAGAAGGACCAUCCAGAUUUGAUCUUCCUGAAAUAGAGGACAUGACACUUGGCGUUUUUUCAUCAUUUGAUGAUAUUACAUAUAAUACUAAACCUAUCGUUCAAGCACCGGAAAAAGUUGUAAUAAACUAUAAAGAAAAUUUGGCAUCUAUUAGCGAUAACAUAGCCAAUAUGGUCGUUAAAAUUGACAGUAAUUUGAGUUACGUUGAAGUAGAAAAUGAGGACAUGCUUAGUUCUGAAGAUGAUUGGAUUCAUUUACAACCUAAUGUAAAAAAGGAACAGCGUGAAAAAUCACCUUUGAAAAAAUUGCGUUUUGAUUUUGAAGAAAAAGAAAAUUUUCAAAAAUCCGAAACUAAUCACAUUAUUUCAUCAAAUGCUGAGACAGUCGAUUCCGUAGAUAAUCAUGCAAAAAUAAUACGGGAAGUUUUGAAAAAUUAUCCUCACUUAGUUCAACAUAAUAAGAAUAUUCGAUUGAAAAUUAUGCAAAAAGAUUCUAAAAAUAAUGAAUGUUCUUCCGGAAAAACUAAAGUUUCUUAUGUUGUUCUUAAGUCAGAUUCAUUAAUGGUAAAUAAUGCUAACUCUAAAAGUUUUAAAGAUUUUAACGAUUCUUGGUUUGAAAAUAACGAAAACGGUCCAUGGAAAUGCUCUAAAUGUAAUCUGAAUGAACAGUACAACGUUUAUUGUAUGUAUAGAAGUCAUAUGCAAGAUGUUCAUGGAGAAAAGUUUGAUCCACGCAUAUGUGAGCAUUGUGGAUAUAAAGCCACAAAACGCAAUAUAUUAAUGUACCACAUGUAUACGAAGCACAAUGUACCACCACCUAAGAGCAUGUCCUUUCCCAAGUGUCAUUUAUGCCCGUACAUUGCAUUGUCUGAAUCACUUCUUACGAGACAUUUAAAUAAUCACAAACAUGAACACUCAAAAAUAAUCUCAUCACUUUCAAAACAGCAAAUGAUUUGUUAUGAGUGUGAACAAAGUUUCCCUGAUACAACAACAUUAAUUAAUCAUGAAAUAAUAACUGGUCAUAAGAAUCCUGAGAAAAGUAUAGAACAAAUGUAUUUAUGUCUACAUUGCGGAAAACGAAUGGCGAAUGCAUUUACUUUACAGGUACAUGAAGAAUGUUAUCAUAAGCAUGCAUUUCCAUUAUCAUUUUUACAGUCCGCAUCAAUUAUAUCAGAUAAAUUACCAGAGAUUAAAGAAAUAGGUGCAGCAUUCAAUAACGCAACAAGUUCUUUAUGCGAAAAUAAUACUCAACGGAUAAUUAACAAGAAUCAUCAAAAGCAAUUAGAGAAUGAAAGUAGUGUUAGUUCUAUUGCUAAUCUUGAAAAUAAACAAAAAACAUAUGAAACUAUAACAAAUAAUGAGAGGUUUCAACGCCAAAUGCCAACGCCGUUAACUGUUUGCCUAAAUGGUGAAAAUGGCCAUAAAGGUAUGCAAUCUUUCAGUUAUCGUAAUUAUCAACAUUCACAACAAAAUGAUGAAAUUGUUGAAGAAGUCGUAGAAGAAUUGGAAACAGUAGACAUUGAAAAAUGUAAAGAAGCGUUUUGUAAAGACCAAAAGGAUACUCGAAUUAAAAAUAUCUAUAAGAAUGUUAAAGAUGAUUUGGAUGACCAAAAAAACUGUCUUUUCAAUUCAGAAAAUACUUACUCUAAUUAUAGUGAGAUGAAUGAAAUUGUUUCUUAUGUGGAAGAAGAAACAGAAAUAUUAGAAUAUGAAACCAUCAAUAAUAUUUAAUAUAAAGUUUAUAAUCGUAUUAUUAAAAAAAAAUUUAUUUUAGUUAGAAAGAUUAAAAAGUAGAGUAUUUUAAAAUUUUAUGUUAUAAUUACAUUAAAAGAAGUAAGUAAAAUUUAAUUAAGUACUAUUGAAUAAUGUUACAAAAUUCAUGCUCCGUCACUCUUAUCUAUUAGAUUCUGUUCAAUUUUUUUAAAUUAAAAUUUCAAGUAUUUUGAUAGUGUUUAUAAAAUAAUUUGCGUUGAUUCGAUAUUUAUCAAUUUUUAUAGAACACAAUUUUCUUAGAAACUUUCAACACUUUUUUCAUGACCUUCAGUAAACAGACUCGCAUAAAACCUAAGAAACUGAUUUCUGGUACCUGCAAAUGAAGAAAAUCGCUAAAAGUACUCCAAAUACCGUUAAAAUUAAUCACUUUUAUGAUAAAAGUUUAUUGAUUUAGGGUAGAUGCGCCCAGUAUGGAACUACUUAGCGAAUUAGGCUAUAACUUUCGAUUAGAGCCGUGAGAAUUGCUCAAACUGGAGAAUUUGCUUGCAAUUAUAGGGAUUUUUGAUAUUCUGUACGGUGGUGUCCUUAAUUUUGUGAAUUAUCUAAAUGGGAAGCAAAAUUGUAAAAGCUAAUUUUUGUGCAUAUCGAAAAAGUGUCGCUCAGUAUGGAAUUGAUAUUUACAAUAAUGACGAUACGUAUUCAUUUUUAACCUCUAAAAACUAUUAAAAUGUCUUACUUUAUGUGAAACAAUUUCGUUUAAGCCGGUUUACCCUUGUUUGCCGUCAAUUUCAUUAAUAUUUCCAAAAUUUAUCGAAAACGAUCACAGUUUCUCUUCGACCUUUCCUCAAAGUAUUCCCAGGCUAAACAAUGCUUUUUUUUAAAGCUAUUGUAAAUGUUUGAAAGUCUUACUUACAAAAAUCGAAAAAUUACCGUGGCAAUCCUAUGCUAAAAUAGUUUCCAUACUGGAAAAACAUGUUUUGGUCCAUAUCGGAAAAAGUGCGUUCACGCGUUGAGGUUAUACGGUGGAAGGGAG